CUUAGCGAAAGAAGCCCGAACCCUUUCUCUUAAGAGAUUUAUCGACUACACUAACCAACUAAACUAUCCCCAUAAGAGUUUUGGCACCGGUACGGCAAUAACAGUGCCGGGCGUGGGAUCGGAGGAGUAUUUUAUUUUUUCCCCCCUCUCUCCCCGGGACCGGCAUUAUGGAUCAGGACUAUGAGUCUAGGCUGCUAAGGCAAAUCAACAUCCACAAUGCGAAUGCCAGCCCAGUGAAAUCUCCUGGCGCCCUUCGAGCUCUUUCGCCAGCCAGCUCCCCACUGUCGUCCCCGAGCAAGCACGGCGAUCGCUUCAUUCCUUCGCGUGCCGGCGCCAACUGGAGCGUCAACUUCCACCGCAUCAAUGAAAUUGAAAAGUCACACAAUCAAAACAGGAAAACGAAAGAUGGCACAGCAGACAGCAACAAAGCGGAUGGUCUCGCUUACUCCGCGCUGCUGAAGAACGAGCUUCUGGGAGCCGGUAUCGACAAAGUCCAGGACCCCCAGUCUGAGGACCGCCGUCUUCAGCCAUCCACUCCCACCAGGAGGAGCCUUUUUAAAUAUUCUUUGAGUACUAAGAGGUUUCUUGAAGAAGAUGGAAACGCAGUCUCUCCUUAUUCUUUAUCACCUGUCAGUAGCAACAGCCAGAAACUGCUACGGUCACCGCGGAAACCCAUGCGCAAGAUAUCCAAAAUACCUUUCAAAGUUCUCGACGCUCCAGAGCUUCAGGAUGACUUCUACCUCAACCUAGUGGACUGGUCCUCUCUCAAUGUACUCAGUGUGGGACUGGGCACUUGUGUGUACCUGUGGAGCGCCUGCACCAGCCAGGUGACGCGUUUGUGCGACCUUUCUGUAGAAGGAGACUCUGUUACAUCGGUGGGCUGGUCAGAAAGGGGCAACCUCGUCGCUGUGGGGACUCAUAAAGGGUAUGUUCAAAUCUGGGAUUCCGCCGCAGGGAAGAAGCUCUCUGCACUCGAGGGACACACGGCCAGAGUGGGUGCCUUGGCGUGGAACGCAGACCAGCUAUCGUCCGGCAGCCGCGAUAGGGUUAUCCUGCAGCGGGACAUCAGAGCCCCGCCUCUCCAGUCUGAACGCCGACUGCAGGGACACCGACAGGAAGUGUGUGGGCUGAAGUGGAGCACGGACCAUCAGCUCUUAGCAUCUGGUGGCAACGAUAACAAGUUGCUUGUGUGGAACCACUCGAGCGUCCUCCCAAUGCAGCAGUACACCGAGCACUUGGCGGCAGUCAAGGCCAUCGCUUGGUCCCCCCAUCAGCACGGCCUGCUGGCCUCCGGCGGGGGCACCGCCGACCGCUGCAUCCGCUUCUGGAACACCCUGACGGGUCAGCCCCUGUACUGCACUGACACGGGCUCCCAGGUGUGCAACCUGGCUUGGUCUAAGCACACCAACGAACUGGUUAGCACACAUGGUUACUCGCAGAACCAGAUCCUGGUGUGGAAGUACCCCUCCCUCACUCAGGUGGCCAAACUUACAGGACACUCCUACAGAGUUCUCUACCUGGCCAUGUCCCCUGAUGGAGAGGCCAUUGUGACAGGGGCAGGAGAUGAAACGCUCCGCUUCUGGAAUGUCUUUAGCAAGAUGAGAUCCACUAAGGAGUCUGUGUCAGUCCUCAACCUUUUCACCAGGAUCCGGUAGUGAGCACACUCAGCACUACUGCGGAUGAAAAAUGGGAAUUCCCUUUUGCAUGCAUCAUGUCCAGGCUUUAAAGUAUUGGCAUCAGUCAUCUGCAGACUAUCAUACUAUCACCGCAGCCACACGUAGUUUUCAAUGAUCACGGACUACAAAUGGGGUGAACAGACCCAAUUGUGCAUAACGGCAAAAUAUUCAGUUUUUGUCCUUUCUAAUUUUUAAAAAUUGUUUAAUAAUUUAUUCUGUGUUUUUUUUAUGUACGUGUACAGCAUUUUUUAGUAUAUUAUUAAUUUUGUGUUUGUCGUAUAAUUGUGUCAUUGCAAAUUUUGGUUAAAUCUGGGGAGUUUGGCAUUGCCUUCAGGGGGUUUGGGUUUGCGGAAAUACGAGCGAGUUUUGCAUAUGUGAGUUUGUUUAAUCAUGCCAGAACAAAACAGUGUUGUUUGAGAGAGCACAAAAAUGAGAAAUUUAAGCCUCACCAGCCACCAGAAAAUAUAAAUAUUGCCUAUCAGGUUCAUUAGUAACAGCAAUUAAAGCCUUACAAUAUAAACAAUUAGCUGCACAGUAAAAAAUAUUCUGCUUUGUUAAUUUUAUGACGCUUGACUUGUGAUAUUUAUGUGCAGACGCUUGUUUUGUCUAAUCUGCAGGACGUCUUCCGUAUGUAUCGUCCGCAACCCUCCCCACAUUUUGACUUAUUUCCCCGUUUGAUUGCCGAGUCAACGAUUGUGCCACAUUUACAUUAAUGCUAUUUAUUUGUGUUGUGUAACGAAGUUCUUGUACAGUAACGGCAUGCUUGGUGACUUCAUAUGAGUGGAGAAAAGCAGUUUAAUGCCACUUGAACGUCAGUGUACUUGUUAUCACAACUUGACUUACACAUUGAAUGUUCAAUAAUGUCUAUUUCUGUACUCAGGUAAUGGACAAUUAAA